AUGAUAGAAGUCCACUUUCAUAAAUUUGCACAAAGAAAUCUUUACAUCUUUGAAGUCGAAAACGAUUCACUUUGUAUCUGUUGUCAAGAGGAAGAGUUUACCAUGUACCUGGUCGAAGGAUUUGGAAAGUGGUUUAAUGAUAAAAUGCCCUCUCUUUCUCACCAACCGGCUUCAGUCAAAAUUUUCAUUUAGGAAAGUCCCUUUCGAGACUGAUCUAAUUACAAAAACUUCGAAUUUCUCCUUCUUCUUUGGCUAAUUACUAUCAAGCCUAGCUUGACCGUCCAGUUUUGUGUAACAUUAGUGUACAGAUUUGCUUGUGAAUAUUAUGAAAAUAAAUGAAACUUCGUAUAACGAAACUAUAAAGGAUUACUCAGUUAUUAGAUGAUUUCGAAAUUUUUACUUUGUUAUUGUGAGUUUGUUUGUUUUGUUUUUGUUAAAGCUUGAAGUUAUAGGAAGUUAUUUUAUUAUUUCUUUUGUAUUUUUAGGAUGAAAUAAGUUGCCAUCCACAACCGAGUGUAAAAUGGUAGCUUAUCUAAGAUAAUUAUAAUUUUUAUUGGGGAAACCAGAAGGCCCCCUUAAAGCUAAAAAAAUAAUGACACAAUCUCUAUCGUUUUCUGUUAAAGAAGCGGCUACAUCCCUCACCGACAAAACAUUGAUCUAAUUCAACUAUUUACGAUUAUUUCUGGCUUCUAAAUCAAGCAUACUUACUUAAUAAGUUAGAGAGAAGCAACGAAAACUAAAAAUUUAACGACGUAACAUUUGUGAAGGUUUUUCAUUGCAAAAUGAUCUCAUUACACUAAUUUCCAUAACAAAUUACGAUGUUUGAUUUACAGUACUCGUGUUUAUUUUGAAUUUCUGCCAUAUACAGAUUCUUUUUCAUGAAGUUUUUCAAACGAGUACGUACUGUUUAUUAUCGGUUUGGCACGGACGAUCAUUUUACGGCCUGGGUGCCUGUCUUACGUCUGGGGUGGAUGACUGCAGAAAAAAAAAGACAUCAACAAUAAUGCCUGGAGAAACAGUAAAAUUGCUUCGGGUUGUAUUCUAGUUCAGCGUUAUUAUUAUUAAUACUUCUAGUUUUGAUCCCUAGUAGACUCCUCGAUGGUGAAGUCUGACCUUAAUCUCUCCUUCUCUAGUUGACGCUUUUAAACUGUGAAUGGAUGGCAUGCGUUCUUGGAUAAUUCAUAUCAUUCGGUUCUUGUUCAAAAUUUACAUAAUGUGAGGAAGUAUCAAUGAUAACAAGUGUCUAAUAUUAUCAUCUAUGUUCCUUAUUUGCACAUCUUUCUAGAGAAGGGUCAGCGUUUGAGAAAGAUUUUGUGAUAUUUUAUCAUUUUUUCAUGCAAAUUUUUAAAUUCAUGAGUGAAACUUUACACAUCGUUGGGCCAUUGAAACUUCGAAUGAAAUAUCACUGGCAAAGUGUGUUGAUCAAAACAAGUUAGACAAAUAACAACCGGGUCAAUUAUUGGUUUUGCUUGAAAAUAUAGAUAAGUUGAGUGUGUAACGAACGUAAAACUUUCCAUCACUUAUCAAUUACAACGUGGAAAAAUAGCCUCGGGGGCCCAUUUCCACAUGCAAGCUUACGUUCAGGGUGUUAACUCAUCUUAGGUUUUUCCAAGCAGCAGUUAACUGAUGCAACAAUCAUGUUAGUGUAGUCACCUCGGGUUAACUCGAACAGGCACCUCAAUGACUUCAACAGCUUUCCCUCGUUCAUCUCUGAUUCAUGGCCAAGAGAUAAUUGUGAAGGUGAUUAUGACAAUUAUAGAUAAUUAGGGAGCUAUGUGCCUUAUUUUGCUACCAUUCGUUUGUUACAUGUGAUGUGUAAGGAUGACUGCUUGUAUAUAUAAUCAUUAUUCCCUCGGUUCAAAUCAAGCAACUGAGAGCUCAAUGAUGCCAAUCAAGAUAUGAAGCCAUUAGCGAUGAAAUUUAGAGUAGGAAGAAAUUACCAUAAUCAGGUGAGGAGCUACACUGUGCCAAAGAUGUGGUAAAUUUAAGUUGUUUAGUCUAUUUUAUUCAAUUUACUAGGCAGACGAAUAUCCUGAAGUGAUCUGCUCUGUCAAAAGUGGAAUUCUUAUCAUGAAAAUCAAAUAAAACAGGCUACAGUAAAUUUCUGCCCCUUCUUUCAAGCUCUUUUAUGUGGGUAGCUUUUCUUCUUAACUCGUCAAAAUAUCGGUUCUCUUGGCAAAAUGAGGCCAAAACUGACGCCCUUUUACCAUUAAUUUUAAAAAUUAAAAAGUUUCGGAACAUUACACAUUAAUAGUCACCGCGACAGAAGGGCUACCAUGUUCGAAAGUCGAACUUGACGGGGGGUCUUCAUAUUUUGAAAAACAUUACGAUUCUUAUUUAAAACACCUUUUAAAGCUGCACUUAUGAACCUAAAUAAUUCACUUAAGUUUUUCUAGUUUUUCGGUUUAUUGACUACAAUAUUUAAUUUUUUCCACUUCGGUGAAUAAUUACUAACUGGCUCUACAGUCAGAACUUAUGUGUUUUUACAGUCAACGGAUACAACAUAAGAUCAGAGUUUGUUAGCUGACUGGUCUGUAUUCUAUUUCUUUUCUUAAAGCUGGAAAAGAAACCAGCCAUACGGUUGCGAAAUUUAUAGGUGUAGCGAAACUCGAGAUAUUAUCAUUCAUCGAUGGAAGGAAAGCUUACUUUAAGAGCUUUCAUUAAUAUUGUAUAUCCUAUACUCCUAUGGUAAAAAAAUAAAAUGCGACCCUUUUUAAAUAUUCAAGUGUGAAUAAUACAUUCCAAAUCGUUCUUAGAGUUGACUUUGUAGAGUACAGAGAUUCAUAAGUGCAUCGCUGAAAGAGGAUCUUUUAACAACUGAUGGUGGGUAGAGUUUCCCUUUUUUGGUUUUGUAACGCAAAACAUUUUGAGACGUCUCUUAUUUUCAAAACGCUUUUUUUAAUAAAUGACACGCACGAAACUUUUGAAAGUUUUACGUUUCAAGAAACACUCCUUAAACUUGGGCGAUUUGAUACAUGAACGUCAGUCUUUGAUAAAGUUCAUUACAGCGGCUGUUUCACUGAGAUUUGAUAUACUUCGACAUUUAGCUUUGCAUUCAACUAACUGCAACCGACAUACUUUUAAUCAGCAAUUACUCGUUCGUGUAUUUUUUUGUAUAUCAGUUCCAUUUGCCAAUAUAUCUCCCUCCAUUGUAACCUGGGCAAUGAAGAGACAUCCGCAUUUGAGCUGACAAUCAAUUCUUUAUAAACUGUGUUCAGCUUAGGUUAAACUGCAGGGAACGUUUACGGCUCCUUUUGUAGAGCAUUCCUAACACAAACCGUCGAGGAGCAAUUUCGUUUGGGCUUGAAUGUUUGCUUAGUCUUCUUUUCAAAAUUCCGUAAAUAUGUGAUUCUGUAGUGAAGAUCGACUUUACAGCGAGACGGAUACACUCUUUUCAGUCUUUCAAAACUUUUACUGACUCAGAAGAAGGUCUCAAUAUGGUAAUGGCUCUUUCGGCUAACGAAUAAAAUUUUGGCAAUUUACUGCUAACUAUUAUUUUCUUUCCGUCGCAAUUAAGCAAGAGACCCAAAUAUCUAUAUGUUUCGUUCCAAAUUACCCCAUGCUUAUCAGAAAUAAUCAUGUAUCUUUUUUUUUCUUCACAUUAGUAGUGCUAUUGCUAUGGGCAUCGUACAAUAUCUCCAAGUCGUGCUGUUUGUAUUCCAUUUGACCCUCUCCACUGAGGCACAGAAAAAAGUAACUUGUCAAAACUUCAAGUUUGCUAUCGAUGACGAUGUCAUCCAUAACCAAAUUCUUGAGGGUCACGUGUUUGAAAGAUUGACAGUCCCAAACGCCAUCCAGUGUCACUUGAGGUGCAAAGAUGACUGCCUGUGUGUAUCCAUGAACUAUUUCCCUCUUUCCAAAGAAAACAAUUGUGAGCUAAACGACGCUAACAAAGACAUGGAGCCAGCGGCGAUGAAAUGGAGGCAAGGGGGAAAUUAUUAUGAUUUGGUGAGAAGCUACACGGUGAAGGUGAGAUAAGAUUAUUUAUCUAAUUCCUUAUUCAUUUAUUUUUUAACUUUCUUAAAUGAAGUAAAUAUCCCAAGAUGUUCAAGUUCGUAAAUAAAAUGAAUAUUUCCGCAUGAUCAAGUUUUGCGGUACUCCUUAAAAAACAGUUGUGUUAUAUGUCAGUCCGGGCCAAAGACAAUUUUGUGCAUACCGAUCAUUCUGCGAUAUGAUUGAUCUAGACAAAACUAAAACAAACUGAUUUGGCUAAGAGAGGAUUGGGUUCAUUCUCUUCCUCGCAAAUUUUUCUCAUAAAGGCCGUGUUGUAAUGCGAAGGGAACGGCACAACAGAAGUGACUACAAAUUUCAUAAAGACAUCAUUGACUUUACCAUUGUUGUAUUACUGCAUUUCAAAUCUAAUUUUGAUGGAUAUUUCAUCUCCAUUCUGGCGCCCCGCUAUGUGUUGUAGGCACUUGUACUUUGCUCGCACUGUUUGUUAUCGAUUCGAUCCGUUUCCGGUGAGAUUUGUCGCCGGUUGCUAAAGCGCACAUGCCAACCUAAUUCGGUGAGCAUGGUAAGCUAAAAAAUCUUUCGAAUGUUGCUGUAGGGUAGAGACAAAUACACACCAGAGAAGCAUCAUUGCAUCGACAGAUGUUGCCGCACCAAUCCUUGUCUCAAUGGAGGUGUAUGUCAAGAGAUUUGUGACGCUCACAGCAUCAGGUUUAACUGUACCUGUCCUAUCACAUACUCUGGUCAGCGGUGUGAGAAGAUGAAACAUCCGAGAAGCUGCAAAGACGUAGCUAAGAACGGUGCCUCGACAUCAGGAAAAUACGACAUCUCAAAUUCAGACAAUGAACGGUUUUCUGUUUACUGUGACUUGCAGUCUGAACCUGGCUUUGUAUGGACGUUAAUACAAUCGUUAUCCUUGUCCAAGAGAAAUGCCUUCAAUUAUGCAGAGUUUGGCAAAAACUUUGAGAUUGACAUUAGAGAGGGGGAAGUGAAUUGGAGCGAGUACCGACUAUCCUUAUCACAGAUGCAGUCUCUUGCUAUUUACUCCACACAUCUGAGAGCAACUUGUAACUUUCCUACGGAUGGUCUGCAGUAUACGGACUACGCACGCGCUAAGCUGGCAGGUCAUAACAUUUUUGGUACCUGGGACACCUGCCAGAUGUACGAAUAUGUUAAUAUCCGGGGAAACUCUUGUUCUAAUUGCACCGCCCUGACAAAACAGCAGGAAAAUGUGUCCUGGCACAUAAGGAGUUACAGAAGCACACAAUUCGGAUGUCAAUUAGAUGGAAAACCAGGUGGAGUCCCCGAUGAAAAAAAUUUCGGAACAUUUCACAACCUGUAUAUAAAUCCGGAUCACCGCUGCUCGUCUUCUCCUGCUUCUACAACGCAGCAUUGGUUUGGAGCUAAAUGUGACGUGUGA